AUGAAAGAUCUUGUUGAAAGUGAACAACUGGCUGUAACAAUGGCCACCAUUCAAUGCCGUCACCGCAGGUCACUCACUAAUCUUGCCAACAUAACAAAGUGGAUCGGUGAACCGAUAACGGCGUUACCAGGGACGACCCAGCUACCUCCAAUAAAGAAAAUCAUGUCGCCUGGUUCNUGCACAGCCUUCGUCGAAGUGAAGCGAUUUACAGUUUGUGCAGGCUUGUGA